AUGCAUUGGAUCCAGUUUCUCCUGGGGUUGAGCCUCCUCUGCUUGCAAGCCUCUUCUAGUCCAACACCACCAAAGAAAACAACCCGUUCGUUCAAAAUCGACCUAGUUCGACGCUCUGAUUACCUGCCAGAUGGCCCUCGAGCUCUGAAGAAAGCGUACGCUAAAUUUGGUAUUAUUCCAACUAAUAUCAACUAUGGCCACUUCAAUGAUUUUAUUCCGCUUGCUUCUGGCCUCGAUCGAGAUGCCAUAUCAAAAGCGAAACAACCAGAUGAAACCGGUGCCGUAACAAACACUCCAACCGCCCAUGAUGUGCAAUACCUGUCUCCUGUUACCAUCGGAGGGCAACAAUUUGUCAUGAAUCUUGACACCGGCUCUUCGGAUACUUGGGUGUUUAACACGCAAUUGCCGGAGAGCGCCAGGAAAGGCCAUUCGAGCUUUAAUCCAACAAAGUCAAGGACAUUUUCCAAAAUGGACGGUUCCAGCUUCAAUAUCACAUAUGGCGAUGCCUCCUUUGCAUUUGGCAGCGUGGGAACUGAUACUGUGGAUAUCGGUGGAGCCACGGUCGCAAAACAAGCAAUCGGUCUGCCAUCUCAGGUUUCGGCGUCAUUUAUAAAGGAUGAGAUAUCGGACGGCUUGGUCGGAUUGGGCUUUGACAAACUCAGCACUAUGAGGCCGAAACGACAGAAAUCAUUCUUGACGAACCUCGCUGCCGACCUGGACGAACCGGUUUUCGCAGCACAGCUGAAGAAGGGGGCUCCCGGAUCUUACGAGUUUGGAACGAUUGAUCGGACGAAGUUUAAAGGAAAUCUUACAAAAGUCCCAGUCAAUAGUGCCAGAGGAUUCUGGGAGUUUAAAUCCUCACUGUUCAAAGUUGGGAAUGAUACCCAACUUCGACAGAUCAAGCUGAAGACCCCUAACGCUAUUGCGGAUACCGGCACAACGUUGAUAUUAGUGGACGGCGAAAUGGUGAAAGCAUAUUACGAACAAGUCAAAGAUGCCAAAUUGUCAACCCAAGCCGGCGGGUAUAUUUUCCCUUGCGACACGACACUUCCAGCCUUGUAUGUUUCACUAGCAGACACACAUCUUGCGAAAAUACCUGGGAACUUAUUGAACUUCUCGCCUGUUGGAAGUGAUGCUAAAACUGGCGAAGAAUUAUGCUUUGGUGGUGUCCAAUCCAACAUGGGAACUGGGCUUCAGAUCUUUGGAGACAUCUUCUUCAAGGCACUUUUUGUUGUUUUCGAUCUACGCGGUCCUUGCUUGCACGUUGCUGCGCAUGCCUAA